AACUCACGCGCACACAGUCACUGAGAUCGCCGCGAUUCACAAAAUGACAUAACACUCCCUAAUUUUUUAACGCAACAUAAUAGGCCAAAACCAUAAUCUCUCUCUCUCUUCUUUGCGUCUGGUUGGGGGCUUCUCUCCCUCUGCAUUUGAAGUUCAGUUUGGCAGAUCUGUGAAUGCCAAAAGUUUUGCCAUUUUUAUAGGAAGAAGGAAUACAAUUGCAGAAGAGAAAGGACGAGAAGUGAAGAGAGGAGAAGGAGGCUUUAAUAUUGUACUCUCUCUGCGCGUGUCAUUAUAUCAUCAGCUGAAGCCUCUUGAAGGUCGAAUAUACUGUGUAAGGGUAUCCUAAGGUGGAUUUUUCCUGAACUUCUUCGCGGUUGCUGAUUUUUAACCUACCACAUGGAAUGCUUGUAAUGCAUUGAAACCUGCCCUUUGUUGUGUAGUAGAGAUGAAAGGAGCAAAUUUUUAUAGAUUGAGGGGAAGACACUUUUCUGCUACUCUGCUCUUCCUUACUUUUACAACCUUUUUUUUCUGGACGUGGGAAAAGAAUCCUUUUGCUACUACUUUGUGGUCAGCGCAAGAGCAGUUUAAUUUUCAUACUUCAGAGUUUGUUGUUGAUACCCUCAAAGGCUCCUCUUCUGAUUCUUUGACCCCAAACAAGCAUGUUGAGGAAACAGAUACUGAUUCUACAAGCUCAGGAGAAUCACAAAUACCAGAAAAAGAAUUUGACGCCUCAAAUUUUACCAACUCAUUUGCUCCUCAAUUGGAAGAUAGGGAUGCAGAUAGGACACCGUCUUCUAAGAUAGAAGGCUGCAAUUAUUCCAAGGGUAGAUGGGUUGCAGAAAGCAGGCGGCCUUUGUAUUCUGGGUUUGAAUGUAAGCAGUGGUUAUCUGAAAUGUGGGCGUGUAGACUAACCCAGCGAACAGAUUUUUCCUUUGAAGGAUAUCGUUGGCAGCCAGAUAACUGCAACAUGCUGGAGUUUGAGAAAUCUGCUUUCUUGAGAAGGAUGCAGGACAAAACAAUUGCAUUUAUAGGAGAUUCAUUAGGCAGGCAGCAAUUCCAAUCUUUGAUGUGCAUGGCCACUGGUGGAGAAUGGAGGGCAGAUGUUGAAGAUGUGGGCAAAGAAUAUGGUCUUUUUAAACCUCGUGGAGCCAUUCGUCCUAAUGGCUGGGCUUAUCGGUUUUCAAACACCAAUACCACCAUUUUGUAUUACUGGUCAUCAACCCUUGCUGACUUGGAACCUUUGAACAUCACUGACAAAGCCACAGAUGUUGCUAUGCAUUUGGAUCGUGUGCCAGCCUUCAUGAGGCAAUUCCUCCAUCAGUUUGAUGUGUUAGUUCUUAAUACAGGACAUCAUUGGAACAGAGGGAAGAUUACAGCGAACCAUUGGGUGAUGUAUGUAAACGGGAAACCCCUUAAAGAUAGACGACUCAUGGCAGUUGGGAAUGCCAAGAAUCUUACAGUGCAUAGUGUUGCCAGGUGGCUUGAUUCACAACUCCCUUCUCAUCCCCGACUUAGGGCAUUCUUCAGGACCAUCUCACCAAGGCAUUUCCGCAACGGAGACUGGAACACCGGGGGUAAUUGUGACAACACCACUCCCUUUACCGGAGGGAGCGAAGUGUCACAGGAUGAAUCAAGUGAUCCAGUUAUUGCGGCUGCUGUUAAAGGUACAAACAUCACUCUUCUGGAUAUCACUGCUCUCUCUGAUCUAAGAGAUGAGGGUCACAUCUCAAGGUAUAGUGUUAAGGCAACAGCAGGCGUAAAUGAUUGCUUGCAUUGGUGCUUGCCUGGCAUUCCAGACACAUGGAAUGAACUUCUUGCUGCACAGAUUUAGACACAGCCACUCCAAUUAAGACAAAGAUGGACAAAUGCAGAGACCAAUAAGAGACUUUUUAUGAUCUAAUACAUUUUUUUUUGACACGGCGAUUUUGUGACAACUAUCUUAUUGAUUAGAAGGGGACAGGUGAAGCAUCUAAGCUAGUCCCAUCCCAGUUCUCAUAUUCACGUAGGAUGGGAUCUUUUGUAGCCUGAAUCAACACAGCAGUUGCUAGAUAAGCCUGGCAAAGCUCGAAGAAAUAGUUUUCAACCCGAAGUUCUGGAGCUUAACGUGUUCCGAGGAUGUUGUAUGUAAAUUCACGAUUCUCAAUACAGGAAAAUAUUUAUUCAGCCUCCCAA